CAACCACCCAACCACCCAACCCCCCCUGUCCGCGAUUGAUUUGGUGGGCAGACGUGAAAGCACAGCCGCCGCAAUUUACUCCAUACCCAUACGCCCCAUCCAGCCUUCCUUUGUCCUCGAACCUUUCUUGGCCUCACCUGCUACACAUUUGUUCCAUCAAAAUACACGCGAUAGCGAAUACACGACAAUCACAAGGCCAUCAAGUAUUAAUUAUUGCUUGGCUCUGCUGUUGAAUUGAAAAAGCUUCAUCAUCAGGCGCCAGCUUCUACCCGAGCCAAAGUCAACAAAGCGUCUAGUUUAGGGGCUGUGGUGUCCCUCGAUUCGAAAAUGAGCUACAACAACAACUACGGCGGGUCGAACCCAUAUGACCAGCGAGACACUCAACCUUCGGGCGGCGGUUACAACGGUGGAGGAUACGGAGGAAACAACCGCUACGGAGGAAAUGUAGGCCGUGACAGCUAUGGAGGCCAAAACGUCGAGCUGGAGCCCCUGGCCCAGAACGGCCAGCAAUUCGGCCACCAGCAGGACCCGAACGCCAUCCUCAACGAGUGCCGCGAGAUCGACAAAGGCAUCGACGCCAUCGAGCGCAACCUGGAUACCAUCCGCAUGCUCCAGCAGCGCGCGCUCGACGACCCCGAUUCCAGCCAGCAGAGCGCGACGAACAGCCAGCUGGACUCCAUGAGCUCGGAGACAAUGACCAUGUACCGCAGCUUCGCGGCGCGCAUCAAGUCGCUCAAGCAGCAGCCAGAGUCUGGCAGUCCCAAGAACGCGCCACAGCUGGGGAAGGUGGAUCGUAAGCUCAAGGCCGCCAUCAACCAGUACCAGAACGUCGAGAGCGACUUCCGCAAGAAGCUGCAGGCGCAGAUGGCGAGGCAGUAUAGGAUUGUCCGACCUGAUGCGUCGGAGGCGGAGGUGCGCGAGGCGGUAGAGGAUACGAACCAGCAAGUCUUCAGCCAGGCGCUGCUGCAGAGCAGUCGUCGUGGGCAGUCGCAGCAGGCGCUGAGCAAUGUGCAGGAUCGCCACGCGGCGAUCCAGAAGAUCGAGUCGCAGAUGAUUGAGCUGGCGCAGCUGUUCCAGGAUAUGGAGGCGUUGGUGGUGCAGCAGGAGGAUUCUGUUACGAUGAUUGAGCAGAAGGGCGAGGAGGUGCAGGAGAAUCUCGAUAAGGGGACUGAGCAUAUCGGGACGGCUAUUAAGAGUGCCCGCUCGCGUAACCGCAAGAAGUGGUACUGCUUGGGUAUUGUUCUCAUCAUCAUCAUCAUCAUCGUCGUCGCCGUCGUCAUCGUCAAGGUCGUCAACGCACCCCCCAAAUCGAACAACGCCGCCAAGCGCGACGUCCUGUACAACAUCCACGGCCACCUUGUCUCUCCCGGCGCAGGAGGAGCAUCCAUCGAAUCUCUCAUCGCGUCCCUCUCGAAAGAAACGAUCGACAAAGUCGCCAAUGCUGCUGAGAAGAGGGGUCUGCCUUGGAUUGGUUGAAUAUCCUAAGCACAGAUGUGGACGGACGAUACUGUACAGCGCGUUUGAUUCCCGGCCCCCUCGCACUUAUUUUUCGCAUACACGGCGUUCAUUUUUGUUGGAACUACGCUCCCUCCCUUUCUCUGUCCCUUGAGAAGAGUGGGGGGUGGGGGAUUCCUUUUGUUUUUUUGCUCUCUUAGUUGUAGUAGUGUACGGAUACCAACCAGCUCUUUUCCUUUAAAAUCACCUGUCGAGACUCCACGUGGCCCCUUUUUACUUUUGUCCUCUUCUGAAUGAAAUGGGAAUAUUUCGCAUUGGAAAUCCUGGGUCUUCCUGUCUCCGUGGUGGGGUAAUUGGGAGGGGGAGGACAGGGAUGGAUGCGGAAUGUUGUUCCCGGGGGGAGGGGGGUAUUAUAUAUAGGUCUUCAAAAUUAUUACG